GCGUGCUGUUGUCAAGGGAAAUGUAAUCACUUUCCGUCUCAGACGUGUGUAAGACUACAACGGCCAGCUCCGCGGCUUUAAAAUUUGCCAAUUCUUUCAGGUCACCCCGGCCUCCAACGCCUCUAUCAGACAGACCGCCGUUUCUCGCUUGACGCAACCUCAGCGAUCACCGCAGCUCAUCAUGGGAGACUUUGGAGACAUCAAGAAGCAGCGCCUCCUGCGCAUGACGCUGUCGCACUACAAGAACGAGGAGUGCAGCGAGGAAGAGAUGCAUCGCUUCGCGACCGAGGAGCACGCCGUCAACGCCGCCAAGAUCCACAUCCGGCACGGCAUGGAGGCAUAUGGCAUUGUCUUCACCCCUGCGAGCUUCCGCCAGGCUUCCAAGCAGCUCAAUGCUGCGCUGGGCGACAAGUGGGUGAUUCGCGACUAUGACCUGCAGGUCGAGUUCUACUUUCGCGACAUGGCGACCUUGUCUGCGCUUGCGGCGGAUGCAGACUUUCAGGCGAUGCAGGCCCUUGAAGGCCCAAUUGUUAGCCGCACGCACGUGGAGCAGAGCAUUGGCUGGGUUGAGACGUACAUCCAGGACGGCAAGCUGGUCAAUGUGACUGCGGACGGGAAGCCCACGUACCCCAAGUUCAAGGAAAUGAGCGUUGCGCCUUAGAUCCAGUCAUUAUUUCUCGUUUGCAGUUGAUUUCAUGCCGAUUUUCACUGGAC